UCUUUAAUCAUGGCUUCUGAAAGUACCGACACGAAGAAGACGGUUGAGGUCAGCGACGUGCAUACGACUUCAAGCAAUGAUCUGCCAUAUGUAGAAGAGAGCAUUAUCGGGGUCGACACAUCAUACCGGAAUGCAUCAUGGCUUUCAAAGACCUAUCGUGGCGUUCUUUUUCAGAUGGUUCUUUUCGGAGCGUAAGUUUCUUCCCCGGAAUCGUAGAAAAUAGCUAAUGUUGUGUAGUCUAUCGUUUGUAGGACCCGCCAUGUCAGACGCGAUUUCAAAUCUCGGAGGUGGUGGUCUAAGGACUCCUUAUCUUGCCAAUCUAUCAAAUGCUCUCAAUUACGCUGCCGGAUGUUUGGUAUCUCUGUUUGGAGGACCAUUGAUCAAUAAAUUUGGUAUCAAAUGGUCUUGUGUCAUCGCUGCUGUUGGAAUGCCACUAGGUCCUUCCGGUUAUUUUGUUAAUGCGAAAUUUGGAGUUCAAUGGUAUCUUUUGUUGGCAAAGGUAGUUGCUCCUAAUUAUCUUUCUUUUCUUAAAAGAUUUUACUGAUAGCCUCAGGUGGUUGGUGGUUUCACGGGUGGUUUCUUGUACGUGGCUGAGACUACAGCUAUGCUUUCCUACCCCGAUCAAAAUGACAGAGGAUUGUAUCUUGGGAUCUGGUCCGCCAUGAGAAAUUCAGGAAGUAUCGUUGGAGGCGCCAUCAACUUCUCAACGAACUACUCGGAUUCUUCAGCUGGUGGUAUUGCAUGGUCCACCUACCUCAUAUUCGUCGGUUUUGCUUCCACGGGAAUGAUCUAUGCCCUCUUACUAUCUCCAACAAAGCUAGUCAGACGUAAGAACGGAACUAAAGUCCCAUCUUCCGACACUGUCAGUUGGAAAAGGGAGUUCAUUGCAUUAUGGAGGCAUGCUCAACGUCCAAAGGUCGGUCUUGUCUCCAUGUAAAAUCGUCCUUGCAUUGCUAACGAAUCCUACAGACUUGGCUCGUUUUCAUUCCAGCUUUCUAUUCAUUCUUUUAUGGUGGGACAAUGGGUACAUAUCUCACCCUACACUUCUCAGUUAGAUCUCGAGCCCUUUCUAGUCUUAUUACUCGUAAGUGCUGCCUCCCCUCAUCAAGAGCCCUUUCUCACCAUUGCACAGCAACCGUCACAAUUCCACUUGUCAUGGCUUUCGGAAAACUCCUGGAUAUUAAGCGAUGGUCCCAAAAACGUCGUGCAUGGAUUUCCUUUUUUUGCUGGGUGAUUCCACAAGCUGCAUGCUUCAUCUGGAUUGGGAUUGAGUACAGCAAAUACGGAACAACAAAGUCUGCUCUGGACUACAAACUGUGAGUUUAUCCACGGAAUCUUCAACAUGACGACCACUUACACAGGCUACAACAGUACGAGCGGCAAAUGGGCCGAAGCAUAUUUACCAUACCUGAUUAUGUUCACCACCGGGUAUUUGACCCAACUUUCACUCUACUGGAUUCUCGGUACGUUCUCCACAGACGUCAAGUCCUCAUCUCGAACAGGUGGUCUCUUUCGCGCAUGUGAGACUCUCGGUCAGGCCGUUUCAUAUGCCAUCAACUCUUUCGCCAGUGGUGAUGCUAGGAAUCCAUUCUAUGUGAAUUGCGCACUGUUGGCACUUACCAUCCCAAGUAUGAUUUAUCUCAUCAAAUUGAUCCCAGAAGCUCCUUCAAGUGUGGAUUUGGAUGCUGGGGAGGUUGAGGUCAUCGAGGGAGAGGAGCAGAGUAAAACGGUUCAUUAG